UCAUGCUGCUGCCAAGGUCCAGAGUGUACCCUUAUGGUUCCCUGUACGGCCUCCCAAUGCUGCUGGUCUCCAUCGCCACACUCUGCCAUGUGCACUUUUCAGGUUCUCCUCACACUGGCUUGCUGGGGUUCCAUUUUGUCAUAGGGUGCUGAGCAGAUUACGGAGCCUCCCAUUGCUGCUGCCAGGCCCGUAAUCUCCAAUUGGGCCCCCUGUUACCGCCUCCAUCAUGCUGCUGCCAGGUCCAGAGUGUCUCAUGGGUCCCUGUACGGCCUCCCAUUGCUGCUGUCUCCAUGCCCACACUCUGCACAUGUGCCACUUUCAGGUCUUCCUCACACUGCUGUUGGGUUCCAUUUUGUCA